CCCACUGGCCUCUGGCCCUCACAGGGUUAGGGUUGGCCAAUAGGAAGGGACAAGUGUGGGGUGGGGAUGGCCUGUCCCCCUGUGUAUCAGGCUGCUGAGGCCGGAUCAUCUCAUUUCCAUCCUGACUGCACUUUGUGGGUCUGAUUCUACACUUGAGGGGGUCAGGAUGCUGUUGCCACGAGCUGUUCUACUGUUACUGGUCCUGCCUACACAUGGCCAGAACUCCGUGACAGAAGGGCCUGGAGUCCUGCUUCCCCCACCCAAGGGGGCCUGCACAGGCUGGGUGGCAGGUAUCCCAGGGCAUCCUGGCCACAAUGGGACCCCAGGCCGUGAUGGCAGAGAUGGCACUCCUGGUGAAAAGGGUGAGAAAGGAGAUCCAGGUCUCAUUGGUCCUAAGGGUGACACUGGUGAAACCGGAGUAACAGGGGUUGAAGGUCCCCGAGGCUUUCCAGGAACUCCAGGCAGGAAAGGAGAACCUGGAGAAAGCGCCUAUGUACACCGGUCAGCAUUCAGUGUGGGACUGGAGAGCCGGGUCACUGUCCCCAAUGUUCCCAUUCGCUUUACCAAAAUCUUCUACAAUCUGCAAAACCACUAUGACGGCACCACUGGCAAAUUCCACUGCAACAUUCCUGGGCUCUACUACUUCUCCUACCACAUCACAGUCUACUUGAAGGAUGUCAAAGUCAGCCUCUACAAGAAGGACAAGGCGAUGCUCUUCACCUAUGACCAGUAUCAGGAGAAUAAUGUGGACCAGGCCUCUGGCUCUGUGCUCCUCCAUCUGGAAGUGGGAGACCAAGUCUGGCUCCAGGUGUAUGGGGAUGGGAACUCUUAUGGGGUCUAUGCAGAUAAUGUCCAUGACUCUACAUUUACAGGCUUCCUUCUCUACCAUGACACCAAUUGAUUACAACUAACUUAGAGACUCCAACAGCCCAAAGUGAAAGUACAGCCCAUAGAUUUUGAUGAAGUUAAGAGACUAAUUUUCUUAUCUAGUUGGAGGGCUCUGAACAUUAUUUGUUCAUUUAUUGAUGCAUUCAUCAAGUACCUUUUCAAAAAAAAUCAUAUACUAUGUUUCCUGUCCUGAAGAAGACAUUGUCCCUGGCCUCAAAGGUCUGUUAUGUAGUAGUAAUGAAAGUUUAAUAACAUUUCUUGGGGUGCUUGACAUGUAUGGUGAGGUAGCAAACUACCAGAAAGUAUUUGACAGUGCUAUUCUGUGUCCACUAGUUUUCCUCAUGUUCAUGCCAAUCCUGGGGGAUUCACAGGGAAGAUAUUAUUCACCUCAUUUUACACUUGGGUCCUCAGCCUGAGAGAGUUAAGUGAAUGCCUAAACUCACACAGAUAUUAAGUGGCAGAAUUUGAAAGCAAACCCAGGUCUGUAGACCUUCUCCACUAAACCCUGCCCCCUUUUAGGAGUACAUGACCUCUUGGGAGUGUUGGUACGGGGUCUAUCACCCAGCUCAACGGAAGGCCUCUGAGAGGUCUUCAUGAAGAGUUAAGCCUUUCCCCAGUAGAGCUGUCUCAGAGGUGAUUCUGUGACUAGGUCCAUCCCAGCUGGACCACUAAUUACUGUGUACUUCUGCUUCUCUGUGUCUUUCUUCAUGCUCUUCUCUCCAGCUCAGAAAUCUACAUCCAUCUCCACAUGCUGAAAUCCUCCCUGUUCCUCAAAACCACCUAAUCAGGAAGCUUCUCUGUUGUGAGAGCUCUUUCCUUCAAACCUUCCUCGCAUGCUGUGCCUCUCUACAUAUUACAGUGGAUGAGAGUGCUGGGUAUGAAAGACAGCCUUAUACCAGGCCAGGGACAACUGCCUAGAAAGGACUGUGUUUCCUUCACACCUGAAUCCCUUGGCAGAUCCUUGAUAAAUGCCUCAUGAAGAACAAUCUCUUGAAUCUCAUCUCUACCCAGAAUUAACUGCAGUCAGUUUCUUCAUUUAACUAAUCCUUAUCUACAAACACAUUUUUCAUUUUAGAACUCCCUGAAUAUAAGCACCUAAUCCUUGUUCCACUGGAUAGUUGGAAUCUUUUCCACUGAGGUUUGGGAUGACUAUGCUUUCCAGAAUGCUUAAAGAAUUUUCCCUGAAGGAGGUAGCUUGAGCCUGCAGUGCAAAACCCACAAAGGAAUUUGGAAACCCUUCUUUCCUUGAGUACCCAACAGGGCCUGGAAAUACCUGGGCCUUCUGGAUCUGUUCUUGUGCUUUAAGAACUAAAAAGAAGAAGAAGAAGAAAAAGAAAACUAUCUGAGGUGAUGGAUAUGUGAGCUAGCUUGAUUGUGGUGAAUAUUUCACCAUGUUUAUCUACAGCAAGCAUAUACAAUUUUUAGUUGUCACCUAUUUGUAAAAAAAAAAAAAAAAACCCAAACAAACAGAAGUGUAGGUGGCUGAUGGUGGUAAAUAUCCUCCCAGGAGACAAUAGCUUGAGUAACACUUUUCAAAGCUUUUAGCAAAAGCAGAGUUAAUAUCAUUCUGUAUAAACAGAAAUGGGAAACUUUUUUCUUUUGCUCUCAGUUUGAAUUCUGAAUGACUCUCUUUUGUAUGUGUCUUGCUCAUCAUUAAGUAGUUGUUAUUUCUACAUACCAAGCUUUAUCUUUUACAACAUUUGCACAUCAUCAUUUUCUACAAGUAAAGAUACUGUUUAGCAUUAAAAGUAGAAGCACUUAAA